AUGGGUCAGCAGGGAAGUCACAAUGGAGCAGACCAUCCCUUGAAAUCAGCUCAGGGCUCUUCUGAUCUGUUGGAUUCAAGUUUUGGAUCACAAUCACAGCAUAAAAUUAAAAUUUUUAAAAAUCUUAGAAAUAAAAAUAAAUCUACAUCUAGUGCUGGUUCAAAGCAUUCCAAAAAAUUGAACAACAAUCAUCAUCUAAAUUACAAUGGCAACAAUGCUUUGACUAGCAGUCCAAUAAUAAAAAAAUGUGUUGCUGAAAACAUAAAUGCUAUAGACGUACAUUCAGUAUUAAACGAUGAAAGUUUGUUGCAUAAUGUCACUGAUUCUUUGAACAGCUCAACAUCAAAUUCUGAACAGGAAUCAAGUGAAUUAAAUGAUUCAAAUAAGUUUAUGUGUAAUGCUGAAACUUUUUCAAACAUUUCGGAUGGAGGCAAGUGUAUUUUUGACCAAGAGAGACCACAAAUUUUAUCGGCAGGAAAUGUUGAAAUAGAUUUAGUUGAUAAAGAUGGAAAGGUAAGCCCAGGUGAUGAAAUGUACGUUGAUGCCAAAGAUCAACAAAGCCCUAAUAUCGAAUCAACUUUUUUUUCUGCUUCAGAAAAUAGGUCUUCAUCAGAAAUAAGUCUUUGUGAUCGCCCAACUGCAACCUUGUCAUCAACCACUCUGAUACAAGCAGAAGAUUUAGACAAAAAUUGUUCAAUGCCCAUGGCAUCGUCAAUGAACUCAGAUGUAACUUUACCUGAGAUCGUCGGGCAAUCAUUCCAAUCUCUAAAAAUUGAACAUAAAUGUGUUGAAACAAAACCAUACAUCGUUACAUCAAGAUUAUUAUCUGUAUCAGGAAUUGAAUCAAACUCAAAAAAUUCUUCCUUUAUAUCUCAUAAAGCACAGGAGGUUAUUAAAGACCAUGGAGAUUUUAAGUCGUGUUCAAAAAAGAAUAAAUGUUUGACCAACAUGUCUGGUUUAAUAAAUUCCAAGUUUGGAUUUUCUUUGGAGUCAGGAAUGGAGGUUGCUGCUGACUACAAAUCUUACAACUCAGUGUUGCAUCAUGAAAAUAUUGUCAAAAAUAGCAACGUUAUUUAUAAUAGCUUAAAGCAGUCUCACAAAAAUGAAAUUUGCCAUGGAGAAGAUGAUACCAAUUUGGAAACAGUUCUGAAUGAAACUGACAAAUGUAACAGUGUAAAAGAUGGUACAAUAAAAAAUGAUUAUGCUUUCAACCAAAAAAGAUUUAGAUAUAAUAGUGAGAGCUCAAAUUUGUCAGAGUCUUGUUCAAGUUUUAAAAAAUCUGACAGACACGCAAAAGCAAAGUGCUCAACAAACAGUCUCUCACAAGUUCUUCUUGAGGAAAUCAUUCAAUAUCCUAGAAUGGUGCCCGAAAAACUGGAUUUUAAGCAGCUUGAAAAGUUUGAGGGUCAAAUGUUAAUUUCCUGGCUCUGUUCUUGUUUCCAAGACUCAGUACAUUAUGCAUUUCUUAAAUUGUUGUCACUACAAGAACUGAAGCUCUUGGUAGUGCAGUUUUGCACUCACCUGCUGGCCGCUGGAGUCAUCAGAAAAUUGGACAACUUUUCUGUUCCUUAUGAGACAUUUAGGACGACAUUUUCCCCGAAAUCGGGGGUUGCCGUUUGGCUACCUAUGAUGAAACCGAAAUACCCCUCGCGCUCCCUCUUCUGCCGGAUACUGAGGGCCAUUGUCACUUCUGUCAUCAUAAGUAAUUUGUUUGGCUAA